UUUAAUUCACGAAGCAGAAAAACGAAAAUUUACUGACAUUUCUUGAAAAUUUGCUUCAAGCCCACAGGAAAGAAUUUGCCAUCAUCACACUCUGUUUUUCUUAACUUGACAGGAAGUCAACUUCAAGUGGAUUGAUGUGAGUCGGGAUCUCAUGCAGGAAACAUAAGUGUCCAAUAAACUGCGUUAUUUUUUCAUCUGGAAAAUACUCAAGUUCCAGCGGUUCAUCACCCAGUGUUUUGCUUUCCGAAACCCUGGCAAUCCCAUGUGGACUUCUGGUAGAAUGAGCAAUGCAAAGUGCUGGCUUGGACUUGGCAUGUCCUUGUACUUCUGGGGACUGAUGGACCUGUCGACUGCCACUGUCUCGGGCAUACCAACACCAAGAGGCCGACUAGAGGUACACCUGGCAGACAAGCCACAGUUACACCAGCGAACAAAGAGAAGCUGGGUUUGGAACCAGUUUUUUGUUCUGGAAGAAUACACUGGAACUGACCCUUUGUAUGUUGGCAAGCUUCAUUCAGAUAUGGACAGGGGAGACGGAUCCAUCAAAUACAUCCUCUCUGGAGAAGGCGCAGGCAUUGUGUUUACCAUCGAUGACACCACGGGAGAUAUCCACGCCAUUCAGAGGCUCGAUCGGGAGGAAAGGGCCCAAUAUACUUUAAGAGCUCAAGCCCUAGACAGGCGAACAGGCAGGCCAAUGGAGCCAGAGUCAGAGUUCAUCAUCAAAAUCCAAGACAUCAAUGACAAUGAGCCCAAUCAUUUCUGUCCUGCAGGUGUAAUUAGGACAGCACUCAUGAACAUGGACAGAGAAGCCAAGGAAUACUAUGAAGUUAUUAUCCAAGCCAAGGACAUGGGAGGGCAGCUGGGAGGAUUGGCUGGGACCACAACAGUCAACAUCACCCUCUCAGAUGUCAACGACAACCCACCGCGCUUUGCUCAGAAACAUUAUCAGAUGAGUGUGUUGGAAUCCGCCCCGAUUAGCUCCACUGUGGGGAGAGUGUUUGCCAAGGACUUGGAUGAAGGAAUCAAUGCAGAAAUGAAGUACACUAUUGUUGAUGGAGAUGGUGCAGACACCUUUGACAUUAAUACAGAUCCCAAUUUCCAAGUUGGCAUCAUAACUGUGAAAAAGCCCCUGAGUUUUGAAAGCAAGAAAAGCUACACCUUAAAAGUGGAGGGAGCCAAUCCUCACCUGGAGAUACGUUUUCUGAACCUGGGCCCAUUUCAGGACACAACGACAGUGCACAUCAGCGUGGAAGAUGUGGAUGAGCCCCCUGUAUUCGAGCCUGGCUUUUAUUUUGUGGAGGUACCUGAGGACGUGGCCAUUGGAACCACCAUACAGAUCAUCUCUGCCAAGGACCCAGAUGUGACCAACAAUUCAAUCAGAUACUCCAUUGACAGAAGCAGUGACCCUGGGAGAUUCUUCUAUGUUGACAUUACAACAGGUGCCCUAAUGACUGCAAGACCCCUUGACCGGGAAGAAUUUUCAUGGCAUAACAUCACUGUCCUCGCUAUGGAAAUGAAAAAUCCCUCCCAGGUUGGAAGUGUUGCUGUCACAAUCAAAGUCUUAGAUGUGAACGACAACGCUCCAGAGUUCCCCAGAUUCUAUGAAGCUUUUGUCUGUGAAAAUGCCAAGGCAGGGCAGCUGAUCCAGACGGUGAGCGCCGUGGACCAAGAUGACCCACGAAAUGGCCAGCACUUCUACUACAGCCUGGCUCCUGAGGCCUCUAACAACCCCAACUUCACCGUGAGGGACAAUCAAGAUAACACUGCCCGGAUUCUAACCAGGAGGUCUGGCUUCCGGCAGCAGGAGCAGAGCGUCUUUUACCUGCCCAUCUUGAUAGCGGACAACGGUCAGCCCGCACUGAGCAGCACGGGCACGCUCACUGUCCAGGUGUGCAGCUGUGACAAUGACGGCCACGUCAUGUCCUGCAGUCCCGAGGCCUACAUGCUCCCUGUCAGUCUGAGCCGGGGCGCCCUCAUCGCCAUCCUGGCCUGCAUCUUUGUCCUACUGGUGCUGGUACUGCUCAUCUUGUCCAUAAGGCGGCACCGGAAGCAGCCCUACAUCAUUGACGACGACGAGAACAUCCACGAAAACAUCGUCCGCUACGAUGACGAGGGCGGUGGCGAGGAGGACACGGAGGCCUUUGACAUCGCGGCCAUGUGGAACCCCCGGGAGGCUCAGACGGGCACCGCCACCAAGACGCGGCAGGACAUGCUGCCCGAGAUUGAGAGCCUGUCCCGCUACGUGCCUCAGACAUGCGCGGUGAGCAGCACGGUCCACAGCUAUGUGCUGGCCAAGCUCUACGAGGCCGACAUGGACCUGUGGGCUCCACCCUUCGACUCCCUCCAAACGUACAUGUUCGAGGGCGACGGCUCUGUGGCAGGUUCACUGAGCUCCCUGCAGUCAGCCACAUCAGACUCGGAGCAGAGCUUCGACUUCCUCACAGACUGGGGGCCCCGCUUCCGAAAGUUGGCGGAGCUCUACGGGGCAGCGGAGGGGCCAGCGCCCCUGUGGUGACGGAAGCCGGGAGGUGCACGUCCCAAUUCAGGCACGUUGUCAACAGAUGCUUCGCGGUCGAGGUGCAGCCUACCACACAAGCAAUACUGUG